GUUUGUUCCAACAUUGUGGUGAUCAGCUGUAGUGAACAUGGCGGCCUCAGUGUGUCGGGGACUGUACGGUGCUGCCUCAAAAACCUUUUCAGUUGUGCCGCGGGCCGUGACGGGGGUGCGACUGUGUAGCUCUGACCUGCACCCCACCAUCCGUCCUGAAAAUGUUAUCCAGCGGCAGACACUGAGUGAAUAUGGACAGUACUUGGCAGAGUGUCUGCCUAAGUAUGUGCAGAAGGUGCAGCUGACGGCCGGCAACGAGUUGGAGGUUCUCAUAGCGCCUGAAGGUGUGAUUCCUGUAAUAUCUUUCCUGAAGGACCACACCAACGCCCAGUACACAAGUUUGGCCGACCUCUGUGGUCUCGACGUACCCACCAGGGCGUAUCGCUUUGAGGUGGUGUACAACUUGCUGUCAGUCCGCUACAACACCAGGAUCCGUGUCAAGACAUACACUGAUGAGUUGACACCAGUUGACAGCAUUUGUGAGGUUCACAAGGCGGCCAACUGGUAUGAGCGGGAGGUGUGGGACAUGUAUGGAGUCUUCUUCGCUAAUCAUCCGGAUCUUCGCAGAAUUCUCACCGACUAUGGCUUUGAGGGUCAUCCCCUGAGGAAGGACUUCCCCCUCUCUGGCUAUGUUGAGGUACGAUAUGAUGAUGAAGCCAAGAGGGUUGUGGUUGAGCCUCUGGAACUGGCUCAGGAAUUCCGUAAGUUUGACCUGUCGGCUCCCUGGGAACAGUUUCCUAACUUCCGUGAGCACAUGGCAGCCGAGGAGGUUCCAAUUAAGGAAGAAAAUCAAUGAAUGUGGUCACUUGAAGAGAGAAAGUGGUGAACUAAGUUGUGUGUAUACCCUGUAGUUGAAUAAAACUUAUCUUAUGAUGUUUGUGAAGUACAGCUGACCAUAAUUUCCUGAACAAUUUACAACAAUAUCAAAUGCACUUAAAGAUCAUAUAGGUACUGUAAAGGUAAUUGUAAAUUAUGCACCUAAAAAGUAAUCCACUCUAGCCCACAAGCUCAGUCGAUGCAAGAUAUUGCCUGCCGAGUGUUUGGGGAAUUUUGCCGACAACUGUAUAUGCUGUACUGUACUGAUGGUGUUGACACAUGUAUAGGGUUUAUCUUACCGUCUGUUAGAUGAAGUAGAACGAAAUGUUGGAAAGAAACAUUAUGAUGAAUUUGUAUAUUAUGUAAAUACUUAUACAAAUUAAAUUUAAAAGACUUUAAAA